UACCCUCAAUUCUUUAACGGGAUAACAAGUAAAGAAUAACGUAAAACGGCUAAGCCCUUUUCAGCCAUUUCCUCCCCUUUACUCCUCCCUCACAGGGCGUCUACUUCCCCACCAAGGCUUUCCCUUCACUGAUUCGAUCCUCCGCAAAUUCGAAUCAUAUUUCCAGUCUUACUGUUCUCGCCGAAGUUUAAUAUCGGUACUCUUGUAGCAAGAUUCUAAUAUAACAAUUGAUACAGUGGAUAGAAGUAAAAAUGGAAUUGCAUAGCCUGAAAGAUUCAUUUGAUCGCGUUGCAAAGAAGCGAAAGGUGUCCUAUUCUAAAACACAUGAAGUUACAGACCUGAUUGUUCAGGAAAUCAGUAACGCAAUCAAGGUGAUGCAGUCAAGCACCCUUGAAUAUCAAUCAGAACUAGCUGAAUUGAAGAAAAAGUUACAGGAAGUUUCUCCACUCAAUCAGCUAGAAGGUGCCCAAAAGGAACUGAAUAUAGCACUGAUAAAGUAUCCGAAAGCUCUUGAGAAAGUCUUUAAUCCUGAUAUAUCCAAGGCUUAUCGAAAUAUUGAAUUUGAUUCCCCUAUAGUUAACCAAAUAAUUGCCAGCCAUUUCUACAGGCAAGGGCUGUUUGAGGUUGGUAAUUGUUUCAUAACUGAGGCUCAGGAUGCAGAAGCUGCUGUUGCUAUGAGAUCACUUUUCCAGGAACUUUAUCAAAUGCUCGAAGCCAUGAAGAGUCGGAACCUGGAGCCAGCCCUGAAAUGGGCAGCUGCGAACUCUAAUAAACUGAAGGAAAAUGGUUCGGACCUUCAGCUGAGAAUCCAUCAUUUGCAGUUUGUGAAAAUAUUACAAAAGGGAAGCAGAGAUGAAGCACUCAAGUACGCAAGAACCAACUUUGCUUCUUUUGCCGGAAACCAUAUGGCUGAAAUCCAGAAACUCAUGGGGUGCCUCUUGUAUUCUGAUAGACUUCAUGAGUCCCCAUAUGCUCAUUUAUUAUCGCCAACCAAUUGGGAUACAGUAACCAAUGAACUAACCAGGCAGUUCUGCAAUCUUCUGGGGCAAUCAUACGAGAGCCCAUUGAGUGCCACAAUAGCGGCAGGAAUUCAAGGCUUGCCUCCUCUUCUCAAGUUUAUGACUGUUAUGGUAGGGAAGAAGCACGAAUGGCAAUCAAUGAAUCAGUUACCCGUGCCGGUAGAGUUAGACAAGGAGUUCCAAUUUCAUUCAGUAUUUGUCUGCCCUGUAACCAAGGAGCAAUCAACUGACGAUAACCCACCAAUGCUUAUGUCGUGUGGUCAUGUGCUGUGCAAACAGUCUAUCAACAAGAUGUCAAAGAAUGGCUCGAAAACUUUCAAGUGCCCAUACUGUCCAACUGAUAUUGAUUCGACGCAAUGCAGGCAGCUGAUUUUCUGAUGUAAAACCCAAAUAUAGUCAUGAGGUUAUAUUAAAAAAAAAAAAAGUUUCCUUUACUGAAUUGAUAGUCUGGAGAGCUAGUAAUUGGUGCGAUGUGGCGGAUGUGAAAUGAUGGCAAUGCAGGUCACUGGUCAGUGAUGGUGUUAGUGUUUGUUGAUGAAGUUGUUGUAAAUAGACGUUCUUUCCCACAUUCAUGCUGGUAAUAGGAAAACCAAGUUGCUUUAUAAA